AUAUUUAUAAUUCUUGCCACUCUUAAUUCUGAAAUCUCCUUUAUAUCAGACAUUUGGACAUCACCCAAUAACAAGGCCUUUGUUUCUGCUACAGCACAUUACAUAGAUGAAAAUUGGGCUUUUAAAGAAACUAUAAUUAACUUUGGUUUAAUAAGUAGAAGGCAUAAUGAAAAUAAUAUUGCAAAUAGAUUCUUCAAGGUUUUAAAAGACUAUAAAAUUACAUCAAAG